AAAGCGUAUAAUACUCUAGACACAAGCACACAUGGCACAAAUUGAAGUGGCCACUCGCCUAUACCUUGACACUUUAUACCUUGACACGUAGAUAUAGCUUAAAUCACAUACUGGUCUAUGGGAAGUUGGUAACAGUCGUUCAUGAUCUGAAUUUGCCUGCUUGUUUAAGUUUUCUUUUCACAGUUCAUGUGUGCUCAUUGUGAAAUGAGGCAUGCAGUGUGAAUGGUGCACAUUUCAUUGUAAAUGUCAUAUUAUGAGUUGGCAACAGGUGUAUCCAGUGGUUUGCAUAUUCUACUUUUAAACUAUUGAUUGCAGGCUCAAUAAUUUGCCAGUUUAAGUGGUAUGGAUACUUGCUGUUUUUCAUACUUUGUUUGCCUUGAACUGUGAUAGCUAAAGGUAUCGUGUGAUCAUUACAAAGGAAAGGAAGACCAGCCGAUGCUGUUUUCAUUGGUGCAUUAUCAUAAACAGUUGUAAUAUUUGGAGUAUCAGAUCAUAGCCAUUAUGCCAUUUGGACAGGACGGAGAUGCCUAUGCAUCAUUGCUUAUGAACCAGGGAAGUGGACUGAAGCGUAGUCCAAGUCAGAAAGAGUUCCAGUCCCAGGCAAGGAGAGAUGCAGAACGUCACUUAGCCCUGGAGAUGGACAAGUUAUUAGAUACCUGUCCUGAAGAAAGUAGACCCGCGAUAGGGAAACAGUUUGAGGGAUACAAACAAUUGUUUGCUCAGUUUCUUGAGGAGGCUGGUACAGCAGCAGCCGUUGAUUGGGAUGACAUUCUACCACCACCAGCAGAUGCUGUGAUCCCGUACAAUCAGCUUCCUAACUAUGACCCUGCUCUGGCCCGUGAAUACUUGGACAAACUGGUAGUGAUCAAGCUGAAUGGUGGUCUGGGUACCAGUAUGGGAUGCCAAGGUCCAAAGAGUGUCAUCAGUGUCAGAAAUGAACUUACCUUCCUGGACUUAACCGUCCGCCAAAUUGAGCACCUGAAUAAAACAUAUGGCUGCGACGUACCAUUAGUAUUGAUGAACUCCUUCAACACAGAUGAGGACACAAGUAAGGUCUUGCGCAAGUACGGCAACAUCAACAUCAAAAUCCAUACCUUCCAACAAAGCAGGUAUCCAAGAAUCAACAAAGAAUCACUUCUACCCAUCGCCAAAACUGCUGUGGUCAAUGGAGACAAUAUUGAAAAUUGGUACCCUCCUGGUCAUGGGGAUAUCUACGAGUCCUUCUCUAACUCUGGCUUGCUGGACACCUUUAUCAAACAGGGAAAGGAGUACCUUUUCCUUGCUAACAUUGACAACCAGGGAGCAACCGUUGACCUUCGCAUCCUAACAUUAUUGAUGAAUGAGAAGAACAGAGAAAUGGUGAUGGAAGUAACUGACAAGACGAGGGCUGAUGUCAAGGGAGGUACCUUGAUCCAGUAUCACGACAAAUUGAGAUUGCUUGAGAUAGCCCAAGUACCAAAAUGGCAUGUUGACGAUUUUAAAUCCGUCUCCAAAUUCAAGAUCUUCAAUACCAACAAUCUAUGGAUCAAGCUGGAUGCCAUUAAACGUGUUGUUGAAAAUAAAUCCCUUUCAAUGGAGAUCAUCGUCAAUAAUAAGACCCUCGAUAAUGGCUUGAAUGUAAUCCAGCUAGAGAGAGCUGUCGGAGCUGCCAUGCAAAACUUUGAUAAUCCACUUGGUGUCAAUGUUCCCAGGAGUCGUUUCCUGCCAGUCAAGAAGACUCAGGAUCUUUUGCUGAUCAUGUCUAACCUCUACCUUCUCAAGUCUGGUACCCUGGGGAUGAGUCCCUUGAGACAGUUCCCUAGCACACCCAUCAUCAAACUAGGCACCCAUUUUGACAAGGUACGAGAUUUCUUGAAGAGAUUUGCAAGUAUUCCCAACCUCUUAGAGUUGGAUCACCUGACUGUAUCAGGAGAUGUCACCUUUGGUAAAGGUGUUGUGCUCAAAGGGACAGUGAUAAUCAUCGCCAAUCAUGGAGAGAGAAUUGAUAUCCCACCAGGAGCCAUACUGGAAAACAAGAUAGUCUCUGGAAAUCUAAGAAUCUUAGAUCAUUGAUGGAAAGGAACUCCAUUGGAGAUUAUGUGUAUUCUGAAAUCAUACUCUUCAUUGUACUCCAUUGAUAUCAUAGCAUAAGAGAGAAUUGCAAAGUCAAUUUAACAGAUAGAUAUAGAGAAAUAUAUAUUAUGUUUCAUAAACAAAAGAUUGUCUUGUAGGUAUUUGGAUUAUCUGCUUGUCUGCUUAAACAUGUGAUUGUCUAAUCAUUCUAAAUAGCCUGUCAGAGAAAUAUCCUGGAAUACAGCAUUAAAUAUUCUUAUAGACAGGUAAUUUAAGACAUGUCACCACAAACCCAGACAAGCCUGCAGUUUGCAGAUCACAUUACACAGUUUAAACGUACAGCUGUUUGUGCCCCAUUUCUUGGAAUGUAAACAUGAACAAAUGCUGUUUCAGUAAACAUCUCAAAUGCCUAAACUGUGUCACAGGUCAUGCAUGCAUCAUGCAGUAUAAUACCGUUGAUCAGUUAAAGAUCUUAAUCCGUUAUAAAUUUGCAAAGGGAGAUCCAACUUUUAAAGCAAAUUGCUGUUGAAGAAAGCAGAACAAUCAGAGAAGCAGAUUGCUGAAAGUUUUAUCAACAGUCAACAAGAAAGUAAUUAAUUUUUUAAUGUUGUAAUCACUAUACAUACAGGAAUUUCAAAUUGGCUGAAUUGUUAAUGUCACUGUGAGAAUGUGCCGGACAACUCUCUUCAAUAUUUCAACACAAACUGACUAAAACAUCAAUUUUUUCAAAUGUAUCAUUCAGGAGGCUCUUUUCUUUUUGGAGGACGUGUAAUAAUGUGCUAUCUAUGUGGGUUAGUACCUGAAGGGAGAAGGUGAUUGGUAGAAAAUGGGAAUUGAUGAUAUUUUAGUAGUUAACAAAUGAGAGAGUUGUCUGUGAAUUUGUCACAGUCCACUGAUCAUUUUGCAAAUAGAAAUAAGCAAAGAUUGAUCUCAUAUUUUUCUCAUAAUACUUGCCUGGUUUAUUUCAAAUUCUUGACAUUCUGUAUCUCUUAUUUUUCUACUUUCUCACAAAUUAACUAGAUGCAUAGGUUGGAUUGCCUCUUAAGUUGUGAAAUUUUCCUGAAAGAAAGUUUGAGGAGAACAGAUUUAAUAGCUUGACAAUUUACUUUGUCAAAAUAUAUAUUGAUAAUGUAUAAUAUUGGAGAUUUUUUAAUUGAUAUUUUCUGGUAUUUUUGCAGAAAAACAAUUGAAGAGGUAGGUGGUUAUUUGCUUGAAAAGUACAUUUACAAAGUGCAGUGAUUUAUGAUUGUAAAAAUGUGCCGUUGAUAAACUUGAUAUGCUAGGGUGUAGGAGGUGUUGAAUUAAAGUGACAUGAAAUAUUAGAGCAGAGCUGCUCCUGUGCCAUAAUAAGCCUCACAAAAGCUCCUGUCUAAAGCAUAUUUUUGCAAAUAGAAUUAGUGCUACUUUAUGUUUGAGUUCUGUGUGAAAUAGAAAUACAACCUCUGCAUGAAAUGAUUGACAAGUGAUUUUCAAACACUGUUGCUGUUACUGCUAUGCUUGAUCAUGAACAAUACAUUCAUAGGGCUACUUGCAUGGAUGUGGCUACCUCAUCAAGUAAUUAAGUGCAUGUGUCAAACUUUCUGAAAGAUCACUUUGUGGGAGCUAUUAUCACAUUUUGUUGUCAAUGCUUAUACGUAGUGGGCUGAAGAAGAUAAAUCAAGGAGCAGAGUUGUCUAAACGUGAUAUGGUCUGUAUACAUUAGUCUUCCUUACAUGUGUGAUUAUAUUUGUUUUGUUUUAAAAAUAACUGUACUAAAGUGUCAGAAAUUAAUUACUGAAUACUAAUAUAAAAUUCUCAUCUAUUUUCUUGUAUGUGUGACAAUAUUUGUGUAUACAUGUAGACUCGGUAUACAUCUAGCUUAUGACAAAAAUGUACAGAGAGAUUUAAUUCAGUAUUCUAUUUUAUAGGACAAAUGACCAAAUAUUAUAUAAUCUGUUUAUUCUUAGAAAAGAUAGAAUAUUCAAAUGGUUAAUGACUAAAGAGCAUAAAGAGAAUAUUAUAUCAAUAUAAGACUUGUACACAAAAUAAUUCUGAAUUAGUAUAUGGGUGCGCAUUAAUUAAUAGUAGUUUACUCCCUAUUCUCAUUUUCGUUCAUUCAUUAAUACCAUUGUACCAUCUUGUAUGUCAUAAGAAGUUUGUGUAUAUAGACCCAUUGUAUAUCAAAUGUAUUCACGUGUCCUAGGUGCAAAUAUCUGUAUAAACAAUGCUGCAGCAUAGAGUGUACUAGGCAUAGGCUAUUCAGAUGGACUAUAUUUUAAAAGAAAAAGAAAGCAUCAUUAUUGAGGGCAUUUUAGAACAAUUUUACUUACAUGACAUAUAUUUGCAUGUAAUAUAUACCUUUAAUUAGGGUAGCAUUUAAAAGAUGGCAUACAACCAAUUAAAGCCCCACUGCAGUACUAGCACCCUCAUAUAGCAAACAAUGCCUAAUUGGUGACCAUGGGUCCCCCAUGAUCCCCUUUUCUUAUUUUAGUUGAGAGCCGAUUUGAUGAGAUAACCACCUGUCGGUGACCGUGCAGGGAGGUCUAAUCCCUCUUGGCAAAACUAGUGCAGACGGGCUUUAAGCAAUAAGAAUCAAUUUUUUUAAUUGACCUGUAAAAGGGAUUUAUGAUUUGUCAAUGCUGAUGGGGUUAAAUUUAAAGUAAUAGUGCAGUGGGAAGAUCCUCUAUAAAUAGAGAUUUGUUGUACAUGUCAUGUUAUGUUAUCGUUAUCAUGUUCGAUACCUGUCAGUAAAUGUAAGCCUGUUAUCACUGUUCCUAUGCUAAUGUUCAGAUAAGCUUUAAGUGAGACAUUGCUUAAUUAUGAGAACAUUUUCACUUUCCUGUCCAAAGAUAUAUCAUUGUUGUUCUAUCUACUCCUGACAACAUUCGCUUACAUGAAAAUGUAAUGAGUUAUCUUGGGGACUAUGAUAUUUAAGGAUUUUCCUGUUUUGAUUUACAGGAGUUUUUAUAUUACUUAUUUUAUUAUAUCCCUAUAUCAAAGAGUAUUUUUGUAUGCUAGAAGAUCGUGUUUCCCUUUUGAAGGACUUGGAUAUAACACAACUAUAAGAGUAAUAUUAACAAAUAACCGUUUCAGAACUGCCCUUUGACUUAGACAAGAUAUAUUAACCUUUGAAUUAACUAUGUGAGUCAUUAAAUGUUCCUGAAAGUGUGGUAUACAAACACAAGUUAAGUUCACCUUUUUAGAAGUUAUGAAAGGUAUUUAAAUAAAAAUGUCAUGUUAUUGUUAUAAUCCCAUCUUUACCACCUGUUAUGAAACUUCAUGUUUUAAAAAGAUAUAUUAACUUUAUUCAUAAUCAUUAUAAAAAAUCAUCUUAUAUUCCUAAAGUUGGAAUUAAGAUAUUUUGAUUUGUUAUUAAUGCUUUAGAUGGCUGUUGAUUUGAAAUGGCCAUUGAUAAAGUUACUCUUUGAAUUAAUAAACAAAUUAUACUAAAGCUCUACA